AUGGCCGAGUCCCCCGGCUGCUGCUCCGUCUGGGCCCGCUGCCUCCACUGCCUGUAUAGCUGCCACUGGAGGAAAUGCCCCAAAGAGAGGAUGCAAACCAGCAAGUGCGACUGUAUCUGGUUUGGCCUGCUCUUCCUCACCUUUCUCCUCUCCCUGGGCUGGCUGUACAUCGGGCUCAUCCUUCUCAAUGACCUGCACAACUUCAAUGAAUUCCUGUUCCACCACUGGGGACACUGGAUGGACUGGUCCCUGGCAUUUCUGCUGGUCAUCUCUCUACUUGUCACAUAUGCAUCCCUGCUAUUGCUCCUGGCCCUGCUCCUGCGGCUCUGUGGUCAGCCUCUGCAUCUGCACAGUGUCCACAAGAUGCUGCUGCUGCUCAUUAUGCUUCUUGUGGCCGCUGGCCUUGUGGGACUGGACGUCCAAUGGCAGCAGGAAUGGCGUAGCUUACGUCUGUCACUGCAGGCCACAGCCCCAUUCCUGCAUAUCGGAGCAGUUGCUGGUGUCACCCUCCUGGCCUGGCCUGUGGCUGCUACCUUCUACCGUGUCCGUCGAAGAGGUCCCAAGACUCUGCUCCUGUUCCUAUUUUUUGGAGUUUCCCUGGCCGUCUACCUGGCCCCACUAUGCAUCUCCUCACCCUGUAUCAUGGAGCCCAGAGACUUACCCCCCAAGCCUGGUCUGGUGGGACACCGAGGGGCCCCCAUGCUGGCCCCCGAGAACACCCUGAUGUCCCUGCGGAAGACCGCUGAAUGUGGAGCUGCUGUGUUUGAGACCGACGUGAUGGUCAGCUCUGACGGGAUCCCCUUCCUCAUGCAUGAUGAGCACCUGAGCCGCACCACGGAUGUGGCCUCUGUGUUCCCAGCCCGAACCUCCUCCCACAGCAGCGACUUCUCCUGCGCUGAACUGAAGAAGCUCAAUGCCGGGACCUGGUUCCUAGAGAGGCAACCCUUCUGGGGGGCCAAGCGGCUAUCAGGCCCUGAUCGGAAGGAGGCUGAGAACCAGUCAGUACCAACGCUGGAAGAGCUGCUAAAGGAAGCCGCAGUCCUUAACCUUUCCAUCAUGUUUGACUUGCGCCGCCCCCCACGAAAUCACACAUACCAUGACACAUUUGUGAACCAGACCUUGGAGACCGUGCUGAGCGCGAGGGUGCCCCAAGCCAUGGUCCUUUGGCUACCAGAUGAAGAUCGGGCCAAUGUCCAACAACGGGCACCCAGGAUGCGCCAGAUAUAUGGACAGCAGGGAAGCAACAGAACUGAGAGACCCCAGUUUCUCAACCUCCCCUACCAAGAUCUGCCACUGUUGGAUAUCAAGGCACUACACCAGGAUAAUGUCUCGGUGAACCUAUUUGUGGUGAACAAGCCUUGGCUCUUUUCCCUGCUCUGGUGCGCAGGGGUGGAUUCGGUCACCACCAAUGACUGCCAGUUGCUGCAGCAGAUGCGUUACCCUGUCUGGAUCAUCCCCCCUCAAACCUACCUUAUGAUGUGGAUCAUCACCAACUGUGUCUCUACCCUGUUGCUUCUGUGGACCUUCCUCCUCCAAGGGAGAUGUAAGAAGGAGAGAGAGAAAACUGGCUUAGAAACAGCAGUGCUGCUGACCAGGAUCAACAAUUUCAUAAUGGAGUGAAUGCCCAACCCUGGACCCCCACCAACCAGAGUCUGAGGCCUGUCUGGAUUGACUAACCACAAGGAAGGGAGAGUGGCUGAGUGGGGAUGGGGUGGGGUAAACUUUGCCAACGGAAGGUUUUGAACUAUGAGGGCAUGCGGCAAGCUUCCAUGGAGUCUGGCUCCCCCUUGGGGUUUUGACCUGAGGUCAUUGGGAAGACCGUGAGUCACGGGAAGUUUCUCCCGAAAUGAAACUAGAACAGAGAAAGUGGGAAGGAGGUUGCCACAAUAAUGUUUCAGAUCUGCGUACACGUGUUCUUGUGUAGAAGGCACAGGGUGUGUCAGGGAUCGACUAGCUUGGACCAAUGACUGGAGGAGAUGACAGAACGGCCUUUCCUGGAGAACUAAGAUGAUGGAAACACCAAUCCCACUCCAUUCACUGUCUCUCCUGACCCCUGCAAUUUAACUGCUUUCCUGCCUAGAUGCUGGGGGCUGAAGAGCCCAUGUAGCCAUUUAAUU